UCCAGUGCACAUGGAAAGGCAGAGGAGCAGGAACGCUCAGCGCUCAGAAGGUGAAACGCGCUCAGGGAUUUUACGCGUAAAAACCGCUAUAAGGUGAUUUUUACGGGACGCGCUUUAUUAUUGGACUACAACAGAAUGUUAUUUGAGGAGGAAUUGACAUUUAAACAACUGUUCUCCGUAUAGGGAUUUCACUGUGCAACAUCUAUAAACGGACACACACGCUCUCUCCACUGAUGAAAAAAAAAACUGGAAGGAGCAUUUACCCGGUUGGAUGAGUUUUAAAGCUCUUUCGGCGCUGCUUUAGACAUUUUUGCACAUUGGAUUACAUACACACUGCUGACAUUGCGGUUUAUGGAAAUAGAGCUCAGCAGAAGACAGCUGAAUUUGGAGAAGAGGGUCUCGGAAGCUGGACUGAGGGUCUGAAGGAUUUUACAAUCUCCUCCUGGAGCUCCACUUUCAUGUCCGAGGUCUUUGGUUUAUGACAAUGGAUUAUUUGCUGUUUUUAUGCGGCUUUUUGCUGCCUCUGUCCUCGGCUGUUGAAGAAACACUGAUGGACACCAAAUGGGCCACCACUGAACUCGCAUGGACCUCACAUCCUGAAACUGGGUGGGAGGAAGUCAGUGGUUAUGAUGAUGCCAUGAACCCCAUCCGAACAUACCAAGUGUGCAACGUUCGUGAGCUUAACCAGAACAACUGGCUUCGCAGCGACUUUAUCCCUCGAAAGGACGUUCUCCGUGUUUAUGUGGAGAUGAAGUUCACCGUACGAGAUUGCAACAGUAUUCCCAACAUUCCGGGAUCAUGUAAAGAGACCUUCAAUCUAUUCUACUACGAGUCCGACUCAGAUUCCGCAACAUCUACCAGUCCUUUUUGGAUGGAGAACCCUUAUGUUAAGGUGGACACCAUUGCUCCGGAUGAGAGCUUCUCUAUGUUGGAGUCUGGUCGGGUCAACACCAAGAUUCGCAGCUUUGGUCCACUUUCUAGGGCUGGCUUCUAUCUGGCUUUCCAGGACCUGGGUGCCUGCAUGUCUUUAAUCUCUGUCCGAGUUUUCUACAAGAAGUGUUCCACAACCAUUGCCCAUUUUGCCGUCUUCCCAGAGACGGCCACAGGCGCCGAGGCCACGUCGCUAGUCAUUGCCCCUGGCACUUGUGUGCCGAAUGCUCUGGAGGUGUCUGUUCCUCUUAAACUCUAUUGCAAUGGAGAUGGAGAGUGGAUGGUUCCUGUAGGUUCCUGUACUUGCAUGGCUGGGUUCGAGCCUGCAGUUAAGGACACACAGUGUCAAGCUUGCAGUCCAGGUACCUUCAAGUCCAAGCAGGGUGAAGGGUUCUGCUCCCUGUGUCCACCCAACAGUCGGACAAGUUCUGGAGCCGCCAGCAUUUGUUCCUGCAGGACCGGCUAUUAUCGGGCGGACAAUGAUUCACCUGACUCAGGAUGCACCACCGUACCCUCAGCUCCACGCAGCGUCAUCUCCAGUGUAAAUGAGACAUCGCUUGUACUUGAGUGGAGCGAGCCACGUGACCAAGGUGGAAGGGAGGACCUUCUCUACAAUGUCAUUUGUAAGAAAUGCCUGCCUGAACGUGGAACCUGCACACGAUGUGAUGACAACGUGGAUAUCUCUCCCCGCCACCUUGGGCUUACUGAGAGGCUCGUGACGGUCAGAAACCUUCAGGCUCACACCCAGUACAGCUUUGAGAUUCAGGCCGUCAAUGGAGUCUCCAACAAGAGUCCCUAUGCACCCCAGUUUGCCUCCGUUAACAUCACCACCAACCAGGCUGCUCCCUCUGCAGUUCCUACCGUCCACCUGAUGGGGGCCUCAGCCAACACCAUGAGUCUUUCCUGGCUCCCCCCUGAAAAACCAAAUGGCAUCAUCUUGGAUUACGAGAUUAAAUACCAUGAGAAGGACCAGGGAGAAGCUAUUGCCCACACCAUGACAGCCCAGCGUAGCUCUGCACGCAUUGAGGGUUUGAAGCCAGGCACGCCGUAUGUUGUGCAGAUUCGAGCCCGAACGGUGGCUGGGUAUGGGCGCUAUAGCAGCCCUACUGACUUUAGCACCAACCACCAGGCCGAUGUAGACAAGACUCUACAGGAGCAGUUACCUCUCAUUGUGGGUUCUCUGACAGCAGGGCUGGUCUUCAUCAUUGUUGUUGUGGUUAUUGCCAUUGUCUGCCUCAGGAAGCAACGCAAUGGCUCAGAAUCAGAAUACACAGAAAAACUGCAACAAUACAUCACUCCGGGAAUGAAGGUCUACAUUGACCCAUUCACCUAUGAGGACCCAAAUGAGGCCAUCCGCGAGUUUGCCAAAGAGAUUGACGUUUCCUGUGUGAAAAUCGAGGAAGUCAUUGGCGCAGGAGAGUUUGGAGAGGUGUGUCGUGGCCGUCUGAAACUCCCUGGACGGCGUGAGAUCAUUGUGGCCAUCAAGACUCUGAAGGCAGGCUAUACGGAACGCCAAAGAAGAGACUUCCUGAGUGAAGCCAGCAUCAUGGGCCAGUUUGAUCAUCCUAAUAUUAUCCGCCUUGAAGGGGUGGUGACGAAGAGUCGGCCAGUCAUGAUUGUCACAGAGUUCAUGGAGAACGGAGCACUGGAUUCCUUUCUCCGGCUAAAUGAUGGACAGUUCACAGUCAUCCAGCUCGUCGGUAUGUUGAGAGGCAUUGCAGCUGGCAUGAAAUAUCUGUCCGACAUGAACUAUGUGCACCGUGAUUUGGCUGCCCGUAACAUUCUGGUCAACAGCAACCUGGUGUGUAAGGUGUCCGAUUUUGGCCUUUCUCGUUUCUUGGAGGAUGAUCCCACUGACCCCACCUACACCAGCUCAUUGGGAGGAAAGAUCCCUAUUCGCUGGACAGCACCAGAGGCUAUUGCUUAUAGGAAGUUCACCUCAGCCAGUGACGUCUGGAGCUACGGCAUUGUGAUGUGGGAGGUGAUGUCGUAUGGCGAGCGCCCAUACUGGGACAUGAGUAACCAAGACGUAAUCAACGCUGUCGAGCAGGACUACCGACUGCCCCCACCUAUGGAUUGCCCUACUGCCUUGCAUCAACUCAUGCUAGACUGCUGGGUGAAAGAAAGAAACUUGAGACCUAAGUUCUCCCAGAUCGUCAACACCUUGGACAAACUUAUUCGCAAUGCCGCCAGCCUUAAGGUGGUCACCAGCACACAUUCUGGGGCCUCCCAGCCGCUCCUCGACCGCUGUGUGCCUGACUACACCACCUUCACCACUGUGGGCGACUGGCUGGAUGCCAUCAAGAUGAGCCGCUACCGAGACAACUUCCUUAAUGCUGGCUUUGCUUCUUUUGACUUGGUGGCCCAGAUGACUGCAGAAGACCUGUUACGGAUAGGUGUAACAUUAGCCGGCCACCAAAAGAAGAUUCUCGGCAGCAUUCAAGACAUGAGACUGCAAAUGAACCAAACGCUGCCUGUCCAGGUCUGAGAUGGGGGCGGAACUGUUCUAAAGCGAACUAACAGACGACCCCAGAUCAUCUCCACUAAUCAGAUGAAACUGGCUCGCAGUGCCUCGGACAACUUUUUCUUUUCCAUUUUCCUGUUUCCCUGUAACGACUGCAUUAUUUUACACCCGACAGGAUUAGAUAAGAUUAUUUUGUACUUAUUUUUAAGAACGGAGAGGAAAGCCUAUAUCCCAUGCAUGCCUCACGGCGACUGCAUGCAUGCGUGUGGUAUUUUCUUUCGUGAGGCGGGACGGGAUUCGCCCAAUCUCCAAAGCCUCCCAUAAUGCAUUUCUCCCUGAAAAUGACUCUGAGGGACGGACUCUCCCAGAUGGACAUUGCUUAUGGAAGAAAUACUCCUCUAAUAGUACACAUAACUUGAAUAUAAAGACAAAAACUAGAAGUGAAUAUAAAUUUACGAAGCGUGUGGACACGAUUGUGCAGAAAUCCCUCCAGUGCUAGCAGAUGUUCUAUUGUGCGUGUGAUUUUGUGCUUAUUCCCCAUCUUCAUAUUGAAGGUGUUUUAUUUAAGGGCACAUGCCUCAAACGGACAGGAGGGAGAGGCACAGCCGGG